AUGUCUCGCGAGCGGCCCCCCCGCACCGACAUACCCCGCAACCUGAGUUUCAUCGCUGCUCUGACCGAGCGCGCUUACUACCGCAGCCAGCGGCCCAGCUUGGAGGAGGAGCCGGAGGAGGAGCCUGGCGAGGGCGGGACGCGGCUCGGGGCCCGGUCCCGCACUCACGCUCCGAGUCGGGGGCGCCGGGCCCGCUCUGCGCCGGCUGGAGGCGGAGCAGCCCGGGCGCCCCGCAGUCGCAGCCCCGAUACCCGCAAGAGAGUGCGUUUCGCCGACGCGCUGGGGCUGGAGCUGGCCGCCGUGCGCCGCUUCCGCCCCGGGGAGCUGCCCCGGGUGCCUCGCCACGUGCAGGUGCAGCUGCAGAGGGACGCCCUCCGCCACUUCGCGCCGUGCCAGCCCCGCGCCCGCGGCCUCCAGGAGGCGCGCGCCGCCCUGGAGCCGGCCAGCGAGCCCGACUUCGCCGCCCGCUUGCAGGCGCAGCGCAUCUGCUUGGAACGCGCCGAGGCGGGCCCGCUGGGCGUGGCGGGGAGCGCGCGCGUGCUGGACCUGGCCUACGAGAAGCGCGUGAGCGUGCGCUGGAGCGCCGACGGCUGGCGGAGCCAACGCGAGGCGCCCGCCGCCUACGCCGGCCCCGCCCCGCCGCCGCCGCGCGCCGACCGCUUCGCCUUCCGCUUGCCCGCGCCGCCCCUCGGGGGCGCCCUGCUCUUCGCGCUGCGCUACCGCGUGACCGGCCACGAGUUCUGGGAUAACAACGGCGGCCGCGACUAUGCCCUCCGCGGGCCGGAGUACCCGGGCAUUAGCGGAGCCCCGGAGCCCCAGGGCUGGAUUCACUUUAUCUAAGACGCUGCGGCCGACGGCGGCAAACACGAAAGGCGCCCGAGGGCUGGGGGAGCCCGAAGAUUCGGCGGGGAGCAGUGGGAGGAACCGAGACUGGCAGGGACUGUCCGAGAAAGCCCAGAGGGGGAGGGAGAGGAGGACGGGAGAAGGCACAGGGAUGAGGGGCGUGGGCGGAGUCACAAGCCGGGGAGAUUGGGGUGGAAAACACUGGUGGGAGGAGUGGAACGAGCACAUGGCCUGGAAAGGAGACCGGAAAGGGCGUUGGAAAAUGAGAAAAAAGCAGAAUGAUGGGGAUGAUGACAUGCUCUUCCAUGAGUGGGUUCCUCAGGCCUAGGCAGUGAGGUUAGGGCAGCUCUUUGAGGUUGAGGUAUUUUUGUGGGAAGUUACCCGAUUUGAUGGCUCAUCCCCUCUACCUGCCGCUGCCACUUCAAGUCCACCAGCUCUGCCUAUCCUAGCUUUAAGCCGGCCAUCACUACCCAGCAUAGGCCCCAGGAACUUGCUCCCCAGUCCCUGGCAUUAUGACAGGAUUCCCUUGUCUCACCUGCUGGACCCCUGGCUUCAGUGUCCAUGGAGUGGCUUGGGCAGCUCUUUCCUCAAGCAGCCCUGGGGAUUAAAAUAAAGGCAAAGCCAGGCUUCUCCUUGUGGCCAAAUGGUACUUUGUCUAAGGGGUUGCUGCACUCAGGGGAUUCCAGAAAAGUGCCAGCUUUACUUUUCUGGGGUGCCUUUUAAUGACAUCUAAGCACUUUAUGGAUUGUAUUUAUUAUUUAUCAAGAGACAGUGAAUCAGGAUAAUAUUCUUAUUUCUGCCUUAGAAGAAUGAAUCACUGACUAGCCGUAUAACUUUGGGCAAUUUAGUUUGCCUCUGGGUCCCAAUUUCCUCUUUAGGAAGUUGGAAUUGGAUUAGGUGACCUCUUGUGACAUUUUGUGAUCUGCGAGUGGUAGCAUGUAGAGUAGAAGCCAUGUUUUCCAACCUACAGUUGGAAUGAAACAGUUCAGAACACACAGCACCUCUCUCCCCCCAGCAACUGGUUGGGGUUGAGUUUUUGACCCUGAAGUUCCAAAGCCCAGGAAGCAUCCCAUAACAAGCAUGCAGCCUCAAAAUAUUUAUCCAGGGCGUCUAUGAAACCACAGCUCAUCGUCUGUCCCAUGCUUUUUGUUCUUACCCACAGACUUCAGCCUGAGACAGCUUUGGGGAGGUGCAUCUCUGUUGGGGAAAAUGAUGCUUGGGAGCCCCAAAGAUAAACAGUGUUUGGGACUCUUGAGGAUAAAGGAUUAUGAGUAUAAGAAAUGGAGAACUUCUCAAAUCAAGAAUCUAAGCAACCUGAAAAUUAAAUGGCACCAGAAGAUGGCAUUCUGCUCCAUAUCCUGAGCAAGUGAAAUGGGAAAGCUGCACUCCUCCCCAUUCACAUUCAUGCCUUACAUCUUUCUUGGUUAACCUGAACAUGAGUUACUCAUCUGCUGGUUUUCUGAUUUUCCUUUCCUCUUGACCUAUUCAUAAGCUCUUUGCUUCCUCUUUCCUUGUCCAUCUCAUUUCAUCAUUUUUCUUUCAGCAUAUAGGGCCUUUACCUCCAUUUUCUCUUAUUUCCAUUUGUCUCCCUCUUCAUCCUUGUUGAUCUCUCCUAUUCCUUCUCCCUUCAGAAGGGGUGGAGAACCUACUUCCUUUCCUCCAAGACCAUGGUUGAGCCACCUUCCUCUCUCAGGCUCCUUGACAGUCUUCUAGAAGGGAGAAGAGGGAAAAGAAGCAGAUCCUGAGGCUGCAGAUGAACAAGGAGCUCCCAGGUAACCAGCUCCCCACACCCUUUUCUAUCUGCUACCACUUUCUCAAAGAAUAAUCUUUCUUUCCACUAAGUGAGAUAGAAUGCAUGCACCUGUGUCCGUACAUGUAUUCGGAAUAGCGCUUAGGGCUUGUUACCGUGCCACUACUGUCCAAAGCCUUAAUCCUUUGAAGAAAGGGGACUGAAAGAGGAACCCUGAGUCAUUCCUCACAAAUGCCCAUUUAAACACCAUCCUUAUCUGUUGAAAACAGAAUUUCAUACAGCUUGUGAAUCACCGUCAGGUCAGUUCCAGCAGAAUGAAGAAACUGUACUGGAGGCCACCAAGCAGUGCACUUUUUGGUCAUCAAGAGCCCAAGGGAGGGUAAUGGAGGGAAAAAUGGGUUGAGACUCAUUGUGUAAUAAUUUCUUGCCUAAUAUGUAUGUUACUGCUAUAUUAACAAUAGUAAUAGUUCACAUUUACUUACUAACAUUUGGCACCUUAUAGUCCUAUGAGUUGGAUAAUGUCAUCCUUGCCCUGUUUUAGAGGUAAGGAAACAGGCUGAGAAAAGCGCAGGAAUUUGUCCAUGAUGAUACAGCAGGUUAACAGCAGAGCUAAGAUGAUGAAUCCAGGAUCUUCAAGGCCUCUACUCUGUUCUAUCUUUUUCAUCUAAAAACGGGAUUUAAAACCUUGCCAUAUGUCAUCUAUUGUUAGGAAAAGCCCGUGGUUUCUAAUUGUGCUGUGCCUUCCCAUCCUCCCAGUCCCCGGAACUGGCCGGAACUGCAAAGUACUGGGGGUCCCAAACUUCCUCUGCUUCUCCCAGGAGCUUGCUGCUGUCUUCUGUGCCAGUGUCCCAGCUCUGCAGGAUCAGCAAGGGACCACACGCCUGCUUGGGAACCCACUUGAACUCCAACCUUUCCAUAUACUGGGAUUUUUUCCUGGGCCUAGCCACCCCUCCACAGCUAUUGGUGUGUUGUGCGUGCCCCUUCCCAUUUUUCCUACUGACUUUGAACAGGCCAGCUCUCUAAGAUUUUCGCUGGCAAGGCCUGGACUAGGACAACUGCUGGAUGCUCUGUGCUUGGGCCGUUCCUGGGAGACCUAGUAUUGAGUGGAUCAGUGUAAGCUGGUUGAGGGAAUCAGUGAUAAUCCACUGUGCCCUGAACUCUUUCCUUGUAAGAAGUACCAGGGCUCACCUAUGACCAUAUUCUCAGCUUUACAGAACCAGCAUGAGUCUUCUGGUUCUUCCUCUGUAGAGCUAUGGGGAUAAACUAAUAGUCUGAUCUGACAUGGGAAACACUGAGUUUGGUAGAGUCUUUAGAGACGUGUUAGGCAUGGUGGUGGGGACUUUCCUCUUAAGGCUGAUGACUGUGAACAAGAACAAUUUACGGUAAAACAUGUCAGGCACACACUGGGAAAUGGUGUAAUUAACUUGGUCAAUAACUUAAGGCCCUGACGCAACAAAGGAACACUUUCAUCCAUACCUCAGAUGUCUUCCUACACUUACCUGUCUAAGUCUUCCUCCUGUCCCUUUGUUUCUCUUUAUGGAUGUAGCUCAUCAUUUCUCUUCAUAAGAAGCCCUCACACCUUAAUUUCCCAUUCUAACUACACAUUCCCUUGUUUCUAACGCCUGUUUUUCUGUGGCACUCCUCUGGAUCUUUGCACUCUGCAGGUUAUAAAGUCAGAAACAUGAUAAGACUUGUCUUUGAGAUCACUGAAUCCAGGUUCCUCUAGAUGAGCACACAGGUGCAGAGAUGAGAAGUAACUCCCUCAGGGUCAGAAAGUUUCUUAGUGUCGAUUGAGGUAGUGCUGAGUCCUUGGCUGUGGAACAGGCCUCUAUACAGUGAGACCCAUAAUUCUUCCGGGCAAGGGAUAACAUCAGAAAUGUUUCAUUUUCUGCAGCUGGCUUCCAUUCCCUUCCCCAUCCUGGUAUAAAGAGAAAAGGGACAUGUAAUUUUUCUGUGUUCCCUGCCUUCCACUUUGGGUUAUAUUCCUGAAGAACAGUGACCUUGAUUUUAAAAAAGAAAAAGAAAAAAAGAGAGCAAUUGAAUAGCUAACCUUGGGAGGAAAUCAAAGUUUGUUAUGUGAACCCCCCAAAGACCACUAGACCAUCAGGGAAACACCCCCUUCACAGUGCAGCCCUCACUGGGAACAAACCCACUAAAACUGUGCCUAACUUCAGCUUCUUCAUGCAGCUGCCCUUCCUUCUUGAUUAAAGAUCUCAUACAUGUAUUUGAAAUAAAGUUGGAACAUGAAAAUAAAGUAUAAAAUAUUGGACAGUAUUGUUUGUUUGGGGUUGAGGGUGGUAAGUUAUCCCAACCCCCCUUUUCUUGGUUAUCUCAUUUCUUAAAACUCUUUAUUUCCUGUCUGCUGGAAUCCUUUGGCUAUGCAAAAGUUGGGUGGGAAGAAGAUCUGGAGGCACUGAGCAGUCCUGGUGUGAGACAUGGCAACAGAAUCCCACCAUUUUGGGUAGUGGUAGGGAAAGUUACCAGGACCCAGUGCUUUUGUUCCCUGGCACCCAGGACCAACUGCUGAUGCACUUAAAGGUAACAGGUUGGGCAAAAUCUUACUUCCACUUGUAGGGGAGCUCUUCCAUUGGGGAGGGCCAUUUAAGUUACAGUCUACUCCUUAAGCACUGAAGAUGAGUAAAGGUCUUAGCCCUAUCAAAGGCAACCCAAAAAAUAAAGGACAAAAAGUAUGACAGGAAAAGCAAGGAGCCCUGGUCUAAUCCAUAUGGAGUGAUUAAAAUAGAUAUUAAAGGGAGACAUUGUCAAAAAAGAACAAGAGCUAACAAUAUUGACUCUCAUAUCACCUGAAUGAUGAAAGAAUCCAAUUACCCUCAAAGUGAUAAGAGACAUUUCUAGUAGGAAAGUCCUAGCCCAAGAAUAAUCAGGUGC